AUGAAAUCAUUCCCGACAUCAAAGGCUUACAAGAUGGUAUUUGUUGUUAGAAAUGAUUUGAAUAUGGGUAAAGGAAAGAUUGCUGCUCAAUGUUGUCAUGCAGCUCCAACACAAAUCACCAACCAAGAUAUGCAACAAUGGAAACAAUAUUUACAUGACUGGGAAGUAACAGCUGAAGCUAAGAUUUGUCUUAAAGCAGAUAGUGAUAAGGAAUUGGAUAAUUUAUUUCAAAAAUGUUUACAACAACGUUUGAAUUGUUAUCUUGUUGUUGAUGCUGGAAGAACUCAAAUUGAAGCUGGAUCGAAAACAGUACUUGGAAUUGGUCCAGCUCCUGUAGAAUUAAUUGAUACUGUUACAAAACAUUUGAAAUUAUUGUAA